AGCGCGCAUGCGCAGCGCCAUCUGGUUCAAUAGCGCGCAUGCGCAAUCGCGUCUCAACAACAGCGCACGUUUGUUGCUGAAAUGGAUUCUCAGAAGGACAUGCAGCCUCCUAAACAGCAGCCCAUGAUCUACAUCUGUGGAGAGUGUCACACAGAAAAUGAGAUCAAGGCCCGAGACCCGAUCCGCUGCAGAGAGUGCGGCUACAGAAUCAUGUACAAGAAGAGGACGAAGAGACUGGUCGUGUUUGAUGCCCGAUGAGCUCCAACCCACCAGCUUUUCCUGCUCCGAACUGAAACCCUUCUCCUUUUUAGUUUUUUUUCCCUCUGUUUUAGUUAGAAAUUGUAAAUACUUGUGUACAAGUUAAAAUUAAAUACAGUUUUGUGUAUAAAAA